UUUUCGGUUUUGCGAAAGACAAAAUGUCCGUAGCUGUGCGCUUAGUUGAGGUUUUGACCUUAAUCACACUGCUAGGCAUGUUGACGGGAUUGUCUAUUGUAAUCGUGAUUCUGCAGCGCGUAAUCGCGAUUACAUUAUAUCUGCUCGGUCCUGUAACAGCAACAGUGGGCGGCAUAUUAUAUGCUUCGGAAAAAGUACUUGUCGGCGCCUUGAUGAGUAUACUGAAUUUAACUAGAGCUCUUGGUACUUCCACAUAAAAAUAUGAAAUAUUUAAAAUUUUUGGUUGUGCAAGAAUAUCGUUUUGAACAUUACUUUUUGCUUAUUUUUUAAAUUUCUUAAAAUUUGUAGUUAUAUACACAUUUGUAAACUCCUAAUAAACAUGUAGACAAAUGUUUUUUAUAUUAA